UGUGAGACAGUGAGAAGACGGCUUUAGUCACUGAAGCCGCCCGUAGCACCUCACAUUGACAAUUUAACUGGCUACUCGGAUUUAGUUUUUAUAAUGUGCGCACUCGUACGAAACUAAUCUGAGCCAAUCCGAUCCGUGUUCAGUAGAAGGGCGCGUGAGGACAUUUUGACAGUCUGAUGCAGGUUGUGACAGGUUACUCCAGCAGUCUUGAGGAACUUCCCAUUGAAAGUAUUUGACGACGAGAAAAUGUGAGCGAGAUGUUGCAGUAAAUGUAACUUGAAUCAUCCUGAAUGGAUUAUUUACUAACAAUUCGAAAGAGAGAUGAUUAUUAUACUCUUUACUCUGUUUUUUAUAAUUUUUUACUCAGUGUGUGCACUCAAAGUCAAGUGUGAAAAACACUCACUCCAGUAUGAGUACACCGCCCUUUCCACACCGGACACAUUCUCUGGAUCUUUGUUCAGUGCUGUUAGUGUGUGUGAUGAUAGACAGAUCUCCCACUACAGUCAUGAAGAACAAGACUGGAAGAAAUCAGAAAUCUGGAGAGAUGUUCCUGAACUACAUGAGACUAGAGACUGGUUUCUACAUCAGGUUAAUAUUCUGUCAAACUGCACAAACUCCAAAUGUUCUGAGCUUCAUGUACUUCAGAGAAGAGCUGGAUGUGAGGUGGAGAAACUUCCUGAUGGAGCAAUCAAGAAUCUGAAGGGGUUUGAUGAGUAUCAUUAUGAUGGAGAAGAUUUUAUUGCCUUUAAUUUUAACACAACACAGUGGAUCAAUAAAAAUCCCAAAGCCAAAGAAACAAAACUGAAGUGGGACCGUCAAACAACAGAAAACCAAAUCAUCAAGGAUCAACUCAAAAACUGCAUGAACUGGAUCUCCACAUUUAAUAAUACUCAAAUAACUCUUCCAGAUGUUGAGGUGUUUGCUGUUGAAUCUCCUCAAGACCAAAACAAGUUGAUUCUGAUCUGUCUGGCCACUGGUUUCUACCCCAAACACCUGGAGAUGAAUAUGAUGUUGAACGGCAUUAAACUGGAUCAUGUAAACUCUUCUGGAAUCAGACCAAACGGUGAUGAAACCUUUCAGCUGAGAAUCAGUGUGGAGAUCCACAGAAAUGAGGAAGAGGGUUUUGAGUGUCAUGUCAAUCACAUCAGUGUAAAAGAGCCGGUUAUAUCAGAAUGGGAUGGAAAAUGCAGUAACUGCAGUGAAACAUCUAGAACAUAUAGUAUAACAAUCAUAGUUGCAGCAGUCGCAGUUACAGUGUUCAUGAAUGUGAUUUAUAUUAAUAUCCACAAAAGAAAAAGGUCUAAUGGUGAGUUCAAAUGAGUUCAUACAGAAAUUAUUACUUUAAAUAUUCUGUUGUUUAAAAUAGUUCUUGAAUCCAUUUUCAAGAAUUGUAUGUCAGAUUUCUUGGUUUGAUGUCUGAGGUGUCUUUCUAAAUCUCACAGGAUGAAAAUUAAUAUUCAACAUUAAUUGCACCAGAACUUGAUCAUUGAAUAACUUGGAACAUUACUGUUAAUUUAACUCUUUAUUAUACUAUAAAAAGAUUUUAUUAAACGUAUCAUUUAUUUUAUGCCACAUGAGAUGGGUCCAAAAAACACAGUGGGACGUGACGCUCAAGACGUUGGUCUAGCGCAAAAACGCAUUCAGUGUGAACGGCCCCUUUAACUUCAAUAUACUGUAAUAUUUUUGAAUGGAAUGUAUAAGAAUAUAACAAGAAAAUAUUUUGUUAUUUUAUGAUCAAUUUCUUGCAUGCAUAUUGUCAAAGUCAAUUUCAUGAAGACCAAAAGCAAUGUAUUAUGUAAACCCUAUUUAUUACUAUGUUUUACAAAUAAACAGAUUAUUAAUAUUAUUAAACACAUUGGCCUGCUGUUGCGCUGCACUUAGGCAAAAGGACAGUUGGCACAUCGUAAAGUUGAACAAAGUCUUAAAUCCAUUUGCUGCAUUUUGAAUGUGACAGAAAGUAUAAACAUAACUUUAGCCUCAUUACAAAAACUAAACUGAAUCUGGUGUUUUUAUGAAAUGGGCUAUAAUUUAUUAUCCUGUGUACUGUAUUUCCACUUACAUUAACCUCAGCAAAUUCUGUGGGAUGGUGCUCACGGAGGUUUGAAGUGUUAAAAUUAUUAUUAUUAUUUUCAGUAAAAAUAGUCCUAUUCCUCAAUAUUCCACAGUGUUGUGUUUGUAGAUUUGUUUGUGUGCUGGUGUUUAUGACAUUAAGUGUUAACUUUAAUAAUUUCAUGGUUGAAUUUGUUUAAAGUUUUAUUUUAAUAACACUGUAGCUGACAUCAAGGUCAAUUUAAGAUUUAUUCUUGAUUAUUUAAAUAUGUUUCUAAUAGUUUUGUGUUAAAGAAACAACAGAUCUUUAAUUGGUAGAUUUAAGCCAGUUUGGAAGGAACUGUUUAUCUGUGACUUUUAUUACAACAAUAAAAACUCAAAAGACUCGAUAAAAGAUUGUCCACAUGAAAAGUCUCUUAUUGAGUCGUGCUGCUCAUCUGAAGUUACAAGAUGUUACAAAAUCCAAGAUUUCAGUUCUCCUUUGGUAAUUAUCAGCCAAUGAAAUACGUUUUUCCAUUUAUUUGAUAUGUGAUUUAUAUGUUUGUCUCUGUAACACAUUCAACAUGUUGUUUAUGAUGAUUUUUGGUUGUUUUUUACAGUUUGUUUUAUGUCAUGUGGAUUAUUUUUGCAUUGUGAAGAGUAAUAACUGAACAUAGAGUAUAUUAAUACUGUUCAUUUAACUCUGUGAAAAUACAUUAAACUUUGAGGAGU